ACCGCGCAGGCGUGAGCCAAUGUGCAAGGCCGUUGCUGGCAGGUGAGGAAGCGGUGCUGUGAGGGGUACAGCGGUGGCGGCGGCCCAGGCAUGGGCAGCUCGUGCUCUUCUUCUCUCUUGACCUGAUCCAAACUUGCUCUCCGGCCGGCGAUGGCGAGCACUUCCCGGGACGUGGAAAUCAGCGACGAGGCCGUGAGGGGCACCUGCGACGACGCCUCCCUCUGCAAGCGAUAUGCAGUAAACGUUGGCUACUGGAAGGAUCCUUACCUCGAUUAUUUUGUGAGGCUGCCAAAAGAAAGGAAGGCGCCUGAAAUCAGCCGUGGGUAUUAUGCCCGAGUCCAGGGAGUUGGCCGCUUACUUAAGGCUUUCUUGCAGAAGACUGAAUGCAACUGCCAAAUUAUCAACCUGGGGGCUGGCAUGGACACUCUGUUCUGGAAAUUAAAGGAUGAGAAUCUGCUUCCAAUAAAAUAUUUUGAAGUUGACUUCCCAUCUAUAGUCACAAGGAAAAUCCACAACAUCAAAUCAAAACCUCCCUUGUCAAAACCAAUUAUGGAAAGCCAUUCAGGGGAGUCUCUUCUAAUGGAUGCUCAUAGCCUGGACUCCAGCCGCUAUGCCAUUGUUGGUGCAGAUCUCCGAGAGCUGCCCAAACUAGAGGAAAAGCUGAAGAAAUGCAACAUGGAUCCACAUUUGCCAACUCUCCUGUUGGCAGAAUGCGUCCUGAUCUAUAUGACCCAAGACCAUUCUGCGAACCUCCUCAAGUGGGUGGCUGGCAUGUUCCAGACUGCCAUGUUUAUCAACUACGAGCAGGUGAAUAUGUCUGAUCGAUUUGGGCAGAUCAUGGUUGAGAACUUGCAGAGCCGGAAGUGCAGCCUGGUUGGUGUGGAUGACUGCAGAUCUCUGGAUUCCCAGAAGGAACGUUUCCUGCAAAACGGCUGGGAAACAGCAAAUGCCAUCGAUAUGAUGAAAGCCUACAAUUGCUUGCCGAAAGAUGAUGUCAGAAGGAUAGAAGCACUUGAGUUUCUGGAUGAGAAGGAACUGCUCGAACAGCUCAUGCAACAUUACUGUCUGUGCUGGGCUACCAAGGACUCCAGUAACCUGGGCCUUGCGGAGAUUGCUCUAUAGUGCAUUUGCUCCAGUGGAGCUCGAGGCGAAUCUGCUGCCCCCUCCUGGUGGGGCUCUGCAUGCAUCAGUGCCAGCCUGCCCGCCAGCCCUCCAUCGCUGGUGUCCUGGAGAACUUGAGCAGUGGAGCAUUUUGCAGGGACAGUCCCUCUCACUGCCGGCCCCGAGUCAUCUUGCCAUGUUUCAAAUAAAUCCCCAGUUUUGCAAGCAACUGAAUAACAAGACUCUCUUCCCUUCUCUGCCUGCUCCUGGGACCUGUUCUUUGGAAUUACUACAGAGAUGAGCGUUUCGUGUUUUUCAGAUGUGUUAGAUGGUGGAAGUCUGGUGGUCCAAACGUGCUCAUCCUCUCUGUUGCACUGGGCUGGGGAAGGUUGGUUGAGCCACUCUUGGGAGGGAGUGGAACAUACUGGUGGGAAAUAUAUGUUUAUAUUUUCUCCGUUGAUCUUGAAGGCUCCCCUCCUGUCAUGUGUGCCUCUCUUUAUUUUGUGGGGUGUUGCUCCUAGUCUGUCCUCAGCCCCUGCUUCAGUAAGGUGUCUGUUCCCUCUGUGUGAACUUCAUCAGUGGGGCUGGCCCACCCAUGUGGCAGGAUCCACAGGGGCAGCAGACCCGGCCUCAGAGGAAUGCUUCGCCCCCUGUGGUGCCCUCCUUGGAGACUGGCUCUGCCUCCUCCUUGGCACCCCCCCCCCCAGUGCCACUUCUAGAGUGGUCCCUUGGCUAAUAGUAUGCACUGCUGGUCUCCUCCCACCCUUGUUCCCAAUGUAGAUCUUCCCUCCCCACCUUGUUCCUGAUGUAUAUCGUCACUCAUCCCUUCUUCCCUGACGGGUGGUAUGCCAUUUUGAGGUUUGCCUCAGGUGCCAAAAUGUCUUGGGCUGGCCCUGCUCCUCAGCUGUGUCAAGGGCAGGCUGACUGUGUUGAAAUGUUCUCUUAACUCACCUGUAGCAAGGGUUAAUAAACUGGGUUUUUGUAA